GGCGGGUGGGAAAGGAUCGCCGGCGAGAUUCCGAGGCGAGGCUCGCGCGCCCGCCCCCGCCCUGGCCCCCAGCGCCCACCCGGUCAGCCCGGCCCAGCCAUGAUCAAGGCGAUCCUCAUCUUCAACAACCACGGGAAGCCGCGGCUGUCCAAGUUCUACCAGCCCUACAGUGAAGAUACACAACAACAAAUCAUCAGGGAGACAUUCCACUUGGUUUCUAAGAGAGAUGAAAAUGUUUGUAAUUUCCUAGAAGGAGGAUUGUUAAUAGGAGGAUCUGACAACAAACUGAUUUAUAGACAUUAUGCAACGUUAUAUUUUGUCUUCUGUGUGGAUUCUUCAGAAAGUGAACUUGGCAUUUUAGAUCUAAUUCAAGUAUUCGUGGAAACAUUAGACAAGUGUUUUGAAAAUGUCUGUGAACUGGAUUUAAUUUUCCAUGUAGACAAGGUUCACAAUAUUCUUGCAGAAAUGGUGAUGGGGGGAAUGGUAUUGGAGACCAACAUGAAUGAGAUUGUUACACAGAUUGAUGCACAAAAUAAACUGGAGAAAUCUGAGCAAAUAGUUUACACUGGCCUAUUUUGUAUCAGUCAAGAUUUUUCUCAGGCUGGCUUAGCAGGAGCUCCAGCCCGUGCUGUAUCAGCUGUAAAGAAUAUGAAUCUUCCUGAGAUCCCAAGAAAUAUUAACAUUGGUGACAUCAGUAUAAAAGUGCCAAACCUGCCCUCUUUUAAAUAAAAAUUAAAAAGGCUACUCCCAGGUAAAUCCAGGGGGGGACAUAUCCAAGUUUACCAUGCAGUUGUUUACCAAAAAUAGAGAAGGAGAGUCUUAACUUUUGCUCUUGGAUAUCAGUCAAGGUACUGUACAGAAGUAAAAAUCAGUGUGUGUAAAAUCAGUAUGUGAAGUCAGUGUUGCUGUUCUUGCUCAGUGAGUGAUUUUAAAGAAAUUGAGUAGUUCCUGUGUGUGAUUUUUUUCUCUUUUCUAAACUGCAUUCCUAUGCCCACCUAAGGCAUGCCUCUAUGUAUUGGCUACUACAGUAUUUUGAAAAGUGUUUGAAAUACUUCUUUAAUUAUGGACAGCCCAAAAUGUUGGUGUUUUGUAUGGAUCACAAGUACAGCAUUCCUAAUUCCUUCUGCUGUUUGUCAUAAUUGUUAUUUAAAGAACCAAGUAUGUAUUGCAUGAAAACAUUAUGACCUUUUUCUCUUAGUUUAAAUAAACUCCAAGAUAACUGGACUUAUAAAGCACCUUUCUGUUUGCCUGAUAUCUCUUUUAGCAAUAAUUUUUUUUUAUGCCUCUCUGACUCAACAGAGUAAAUAAAAGUAUAUUUUAUCACUGUUAAGCAGUUGUUAAUGUUGAUUUAUUUAAUUUUAACUCAUAUUUUUAACAUUCAGAAACUCAGCUAAACUAUUCCAAACUCAAUUACUUUCUGAAUUAAGAGUAGUGUAGCUCACAGCAUAUUGUAUACAGUGGAGUCUGGAGUGGGAGAUAACAAAUCUUUCUCUAAAAUAUAUACAGUAAAACCUCCAAAAGCCAGAAUCUGUGUAAGGCAGAAACCUCUCAGAGAAGGAAAACUCAAAUAUUUUCCACUAAAUAUAGAGCAGUAGAAAAGUAAUAACUGCCCUCGUCAAGGAGCCUUGGUGGCUCAGUGGUUAAAGUGCUCGGUUGCUAGCUGAAAGAUUGGCGGUUUCAACCCACCAGCCACUCUGAGGGAUAAAAAGAUGUGGCAGUCUGCUUCUGUAAAGAUUACAGCCUUGGAAACCCUAUGGGGCAGUUCUUUUUUCUGUAGGAUCACUAUGAGUCAGACUCCACUUGAUGGCAAUGGGUUUAUGGCACCCUGAAAAAGGUGGAAAACUUGCGAGACCCAGAAAAACAAGGCAGUCCUGUUGAGUUCUGUCUCUCACAGGUUUCACUGGAUUGGAAAUUGCAAAAUCUCUUUUUAUUUGCAUUGUUUAAAGCAUUGUAUCUCAUCCCUUCAUAUCCAGAUGAUGAAAGAUAAUUUCAGCAAGUAUUUUGUUCAUUUUGAACACAAAACCUUUAGGGCUCCACUUGACUGUUUCAUACCAAAGUCAAGGCUAAACUAAUGUUUUUUUAAGUCCCAACACUCACAUAUUCUAAUUUCUCCUAAUUGGCCCAGGCUUUCUUAGUUGGUAUUGUGAACUGUGAGUUUUCCCUUCCAGUUAGACCAAGACUUUCCUUCCAGCGCUAGUCCCCACUCCUCAAAUGUUCUCCUUGAAAUACUUCCUUGAUUUGUGAUGUGUAUGAAUUUUAGUCCAUGAACUCUGGGCUGUAAGGAAAAGUCAGUUUAUUUUUUCCAAAUAAAAUUAGCCUGACUCUAAAACCCAUUCUGUUGAUGUGAUAGGAAAUUCAGUCUAUGAUCAGUGUACUCUCCAUCAUUUCAGAGAUAUGUAAAAGUCCUAGAGGAAGGUUGUACAAAGCAAAAAUUAUGGGCGGUCCCCUGUUCUUCAUUCAUUCAGCAAAUGUUUAUUAAGUACCUACUGCAUCAGGUGAGCAAGUCUCUGUCUUCAUGGAGCUAUACACUAGUACCACAAAGAGCACCUGGCAGUACCUUUUUUUUUUUUUUUCUCCUCUUUAUUUUGUGGGGAAAAAGAUUAUGGGGAAGAUUAAGUUUUGGUUUGGUUAGGAUAUGCCAAAAGUAGGAAAGCCUCUGGGCCAGACCAAACUUUAACCUCUAGAAAGAGAUAAAGAGUUUCAUUUGCCAUUAUUUUCUAUCAAAUACAAUGCCCAAACAACAGUCUACCUUCCUUCUUUCAUUUCUUCCCUUCCCUGUUUCCUUCCUCCCUCCCCUUCCCUCCCCUCUUGCCUCUUUCUUUUCUCAGUUAUGUGCCAGGCAUUGUUCUAGGUACUGGAAUAUAGCAGCAAACAAAACAGACAAAGUUUGUAUUGGAGCAUAAACUCAAGUGGGGGCAAACAAACAAUACAUAUAUAGUAUGUCAGGUGGUGACAAGUGUUAUGGAGAAAAAUAAAGCUGGUAAAAGGGAUAGGGAGUGGCAAGGUAGGGACUGGCUUGGGCUGUCGACCUGUUGCGUAGAGUAGGUAGGGGAGGCAUCUCUGGUGAAGUGAAGAGACCUGAAGGAGGUAAUGGAGAACCAUGGGGGAAUAGACCUACAGAUUCAUUGAUAUGGACCAUCCAGAUCACUCACCACUAAAGCUCUUCUGUUUUAAAACCUUUCCUGUGCACACAGAGUUCCCAGUCAGUUUUUUAGGACCUGACAUACAAGCAAACAGCCAAAGAUCACCAAACAUUUGAAAAGAGCUUCUAAUAUGAAUGGUGAAGAAGCUCUGGUGGCGUAAAUUGUUAAACACUCUGCUGCUUAUCAAAAGACUGGUGCUUCAAACCCACUCAGCGACUCUGCAGGAGAAAGGCCUGGUGAUCUGCUUCUGUAAAAAUUGCAGCCUAGAAAACCUUACGGGGCAGUUCUGUUCUGUCACGUGCGGUCUCUAUGAGUUGAAAUUCAUUCAGCGGCACCUAACAACAAUAACAAUAUGAAAGGUAGAUACCAAAACAAACAACAUAAUCAAGCUAAUAGAAAAAACAAAAAAUUACCAUUACCAUCCCCAAUAUAUCAGAUACCUCCUGUCACUUCAGAAUCCUCUGUCCCUACCACUUACUCCAGCUAAUUUGCCACGUCUUAAUUCUUCAUAGCCUUGGACCAACUUUACCCAAGUACUACUGAAUAUUGCCUUGUUUUUGGCCUUAAUUGUAAUCUCCUGCUCUUUGCCCUGGGACUUUUCUGCCAGCUGGCUAGAAUGCUUGCAGGAAUCCUCUUGGUACACUUUGGAAGUGGGGGGAAAUUAACACCAUUUUGACACCUGGGAGUGGAAUAAAUACUUGUCCCUAUUCAUACUUUGUCAUGAUGUUGCUUAUUGGUCCGGUUGUGAGGAUUUUUUGUUUCCUUUAUGUUGAGGUGCAAUCUAUACUGAAGGCUGCGGUCUUUGAUCUUCAUUAGUAAGUGCUUCAGGACCUCUUCACUUUCAGCAAGCAAGAUUGUGUCAUCUGCCUAACGCAGGUUGUUAAUGAGUCUUCCUCCAAUCCUGAUGCCCCGUUCUUCUUCAUAUAGUCCAGCUUCUCAGAUUAUUUGCAUAUAGAUUGAAUAGGUAUGGUGAAAAGACACAACCCUGAUGCACACCUUACCUGACUUUAAACUACGCAGUAUCCCCCUGUUCUUAUAAACAUCAUGAUAAACAGAGAAAAGAUGGAAGUUGUCAAGGAUUUAAUUUUAUUUGGAUCUACAGUCAACACCCAGGGAAACAGCAGUCAAGAAAUCAAAAGACGCAUUGCAUCGAGCAAAUCUGCAAAAGACCUCUUUAAAGUGUUAAAAAGCAAAGACGUCACCUUGAAGACUAAUGUGCACCUGAUCCAAGCCAUGGUGUUUUCUAGGCCUCAUAUGCAUGCAAAAGCUGGACAAUGAGUAAGAAAGACGGAGGAAGAAUUGAUGCUGGUGUGUUACGGCGUUGGUGAAUACUGAAUAUACCAUGGACUGCCAAAAGAACGAACAGGUUUGUCUUGGAAGAAGUACAACCAGAAUGCUCCUCAGAAGCAAAGAUGGCGAGACUUCUCACAUACUUUGGUCAUAUUAUCAGAAGGGAUCAGUCCCCAGAGAAGGACAUCACACUUGAUAGAGGGUCAGUGCAAAAGAGGAAGACCCUCAGUGAGAUGGACUGGCACAGUGGCUGCAACAAUGGGCUCAAGCAUAACAACGAUUGUUUUAAGGAUGGCAAGACCAGGCAAUGUUUCAUUCUGUUGUACAUAGAGUAGUUAUGAGUUGGAAGCGACUCGAAAGCACUUAACAACAACAACAGCAGUUCAUACUUUAGGCAGAUAGUUCUGAGAGUUUUCCCCUUUUUUGCUGUUUAUUUGCUUCCUUUUUUUAUUGUAAAAAUAUAAAGUUUGCUAAUUCAACAUUUUUUACAUGUACGAUUUAGUGAUAUCAGUGAAACUAGUCACAUUGUGUAAUCCCCACCAAUAAUUGUUGCCAAUUUUUUCAUUACAAACAGUAACUCACUGCUUCCUAAUCAAUGGUUGCCCCUUCCCCCUCCCUCUGGCCCCUGCUAACUCAAAUAAACUUUGGUCUGUAUCUAUUUUCCUAUUCUAGAUAUCUCGUAGAAGUGAGAUGAUACAAUAUUUGUCUUUUUGUGAUUGCUUCACUCAACAUAAUGUUUUCAGGGUUCAUCCAUGGUGUAGCAUGUAUCGAGACUUCAUUUCUCUAUGGCUGAGUAAUAUUCCGUUGUAUGUAUGUUCCACAUUUAUUUAUCCACUCAUCUGUAGAUGAACAUUUGGGUUGUUUCCACCUUUUGGCCACAGUGAACAUUGAUGUGCAUAUGUCACUGCUUUCAAGGCUCUUGGUAUACACCUAGAAGUGGAGUUGCUGGGUCACUUCCACCAGAGGCACAGCAAGAAUCCACAGCUGCCGUCCAGUCAUCGCAGGCUGUUUGUGUCAAGCAAGCAGUUGGUAAGGAAAGGAGCCCCCAUCCAGCAUUCCUCCAUAGGUGUUGAUCUUCAGAGCUCAUCCCAAUAAACUUCCUGUGCUGACCUAGGACAGUAUCACUGAGAACAAGGAUUUUUAGUGUGGAAGAAAGUAGCUACAGUUAUAACAGUGAUAAGUGUAGUCCUGAGUUUCAGUUGCAAGUAUCAGUAUGAUUAGAUGAUGUAUUUUUAUCUUUAGUAAAAAUAAAACAGCAGUGAGCACCCCUAAUACCCAGGCUAUUUCCUUUUAUUAGAAACCAGGUCUCUUCAUAGAAAUGGCUUUUUACAGGUCAGGGUCAGGAAAUGAAAAAGAAGCCUGGAAUAUCUUAAAUACUAUGAAGGAGGUUACCAAGGACUGCUAGGGUCAUGUCAGAAGUUGUCAGGAGCCUACUUGGAGAAAUUUGAAUAUUGAUAAGAAUAAUUAAAAAAAAAAAACAAACAGUGCAAAAAACCCACUGCCA